ACGUAGGUAUGAUAUGUUUGCAGUCAGUCUGCCUUACGCUUUCGACUUGUGUUGAGAUCGAGUGAGCUAUGCAGACAGCAAAGCUCGCUCGUGCGUCAAACAUAGUAACUUGGAAUAAAUGGUUUAUGACAUGUAUGGGCUUGUGGCCGUUGAAUGUGAACAAUUUUUUAUAUGUAUUCUUCACCACGUAUAUGAUAAUUUAUUGCUCUAUGGCAGUGAGACAUUUAUUGAAACAUUUCGGUCAAGCGGAAAGCAUCAUUGCAAAUUUGACGGAUAACAUUUUUUUAUCAAUGAUAAUAGGAAAAAUGUUUAUAUGCAGAAUGAGUUGCAAAGACAUGACCAAGUUUCUAAAAGCUAUUAAGGAUGACUUUACGACACAUAAUUACACCAGUGUACAAGAAGAAAUGGCAUAUUUGCGUUAUAAUGAACUUGCCUUAAUAUUUACGAAAUAUUCAAUGUCCAUAUCAGCAUUUACAGCUACGAUGUAUUAUCUAAGGACGUUUAUUAUAAAUUGGAGGCAAUUUCUGACCGGCAAUUUUUCGUACGAUGAAUUACCAUAUCCAGUUCAGCCAUUCUUCGAGAUUAAGGAUACCACCACCUAUGCAUGCGUUUCUGCUUAUCUGUUUAUAACUGUGCCGAUUAUCAUAUGUGGUUACGCUGGAGCGGAUGCCUACGUACUCAGUAUGGUUCUUCACAUUUGCGGCCAAUAUGCCGCUUUAGCGUAUAAAGUUGAUAAUUUGUUACGACAUCAAGAGAAUUAUCAACGUAACAUUGGUAACAUCGUAAUAAAACAUCGCCUACUUAUAACAUUAGCAGAGAUUUUAGAAAAAAAUUUCACCAUUAUAUUUCUUCAGCAAACUCUGGGCACGAUACUUUUACUGUGUUUAACUUUGUUUCAUAUGAUUACAAAUUCAGAACACGGCGAUAAUGCUAGCGUUGUAGCUUUUAUAUUGUAUACAUUCUGUGUAUCUAUGACGAUUUUUGGAUAUUGUUACAUAGGAGAUUGUUUCAUUAAUGAGAGUGCUGCAUUACGUGAUGCAUUUUAUAAUACUGAAUGGUAUAAUAAUCCACCAUCAUGUACAAAAUUAAUCAGCAUUUGUAUGGUCCGAGCUGAGAAACCAAUGGUGUUGACUGCUGCUAAAUUCUUUCCGUUAUCAUUGAGCACAUUUACAAAUAUAGUAAAAACAUCAAUGGCAUAUUUGUCUAUAUUACGCAAUUUUAUGUAAAAUUUUAGUACAUAAUACAUUUACCUAUAUUCAGUACAUAAUAUAAUACAUUUGACCGAAAUUUAUUUAUGGAAAAUAAAAAUUAUAUAGACAACAAAA